AUUAGUGGAGAGAGUAGCCAAAACCAAAACCCAGCGGCCAGCGCCUCCUCCCUGUUGCCGGGAGAUGCUAAAACCAUGCUUCGGAUUCUCAAUCUAACCCCGCCGCCGCCGACCUCGAUUCCUGAUGAGUCAACUCGCUCCGGCGUCCCUUCAAUUCGCCCUCGGAAUUCAGCACACAAUUGGGCGCGUUUACAGGCCAAGCUCAAGUGCAACGCCAGAUUCUCUUGCCUUUUCUCCGACAAUCGAAGAGAGGAACAGGCAAGGAAGGCAUUAGAAAGUGCACUUGGGGAAAAGAAAAACGAAUUUGAGAAAUGGAACAACGAAAUAAAGAAAAGAGAGGAGAUGGGUGGCGGAGGCAGCGGUGGACAGGGAGGUUGGUUCGGAUCAGGUGGAUGGUUCGGUUGGUCCGAUGACCAUUUCUGGCCAGAAGCACAACAGACCAGUCUUGCUGUUUUAGGUAUAAUUGUCAUGUACCUCAUAGUUGCAAAGGGUGAACUGUUGCUUGCCGUUAUUUUCAACCCACUGCUGUAUGCUUUACGAGGAACAAGGAAUGGAUUGACUUUCAUUACUUCAAAAAUUUUGAGAAAGAGCUCUGCUGGAAAUUAUGCUGAGUUUGAUGAGAUUUCAAACAGAGAAGUUUCUGGCCAUGUCUCUGCUAAAGAGAAAGUUGCAAGAAAAUGGGGGAGCGAUUGAUCAUUCCACUUCUCAUUUACUUUUGAUCUUCAUGUUUCAACAAUCCAAUAUGUUGCUGUGUAAUUUUUUAUAGAAUGUUUGGCUCCUAGAAUUAGCAGUUCUUGUUUUGUGCUGAUUUCUUAGAGAAAAUUUUGAGUUACUCGAAUUCACAUUUAACUCAUUAUUUUCAUAUGAUA